AAUAACGUACAAGUUUAAAGAAACAACAAGCGUUAUACGCCUUUUUACAAUGUCUAAAACAAGCAUCUACCUCAUCUGCCUGUUAGGACUAGUUUCUUGUAAAUUCAGUUCGAUUUCUGCCAGUUCCUCGGAGCCGGCCGGAAGUCUCCCCGGAGUUGACCUGCUAAGCGAGCUCCAAUCCAAGUGUCUAAACAAGACGGGUUCCAACGAAACGGUCGGCAUGGUCGUGGGACUAAUUGACAUGCUGCCCUCAUGUAUGAACUUGCAGGUCGAUCUUGACGCUUUGAGGAGGGAAUUUUUCAGCCUUACAGCAGAUCUGGCGGUGCGGAAACCAUUUUUCGAAAAAUACUGUCCCCAAGUUACUAGCGCACUAGGCUGUUUGCAUCCUGUGGUGCAUGAACUUCGCAAGUGCUUGGAUCCUGAGGAGACUGAAGUUAUCAACAUUCUCGUCAAUAACAUUCCAGAGGGAAUUAAACUGGUCUGCAAAAACGAUGGAGAAAUCCUAGUUGCUGAAUCCUCCAUAAAAUGCGAAGAAAAUUUGAUGGAAUACGUUAACGAGUGUUUCGGUUUGACCUCUAAGAUAACGGGAGAAUUGAUUAUUUCCGACUACUACAAGAAGGAGUGUGACGACCCAUCCGCAACCAGAAGUUGUUUAGCUACCAAGCUCAACGAAUGUGGAGGAUCUAGCUGGAUGGAUGUAAUUGAUCUUUUCUUCAAGCCCAUAGUCAAGGCUAGUCCCUGCAAAAAUAUAAGGAUUUUGAAGAAACUAAUUUGAUCGGUGAAAAUUGUAAGAGCACAAGUUGCGGCAGAGAACUAAUACGAACCUGUGAACUAUACUUAGCCGAACGAACAUUUAUUCGUAGUUCCUUAUCUUGGAUUGUCUUAAAUUUUGAACA